AUAAUAUAAUGUAGGCCCAAUGGCCCAGAACAUAGCCUACUAUUAUUGGGCCUGUAGCCUGCUUUAGCAUAUUUACCAAUUAUCACGUGUAUGUAUGUAUGUAUCAUCUGUCCAGAGAAAAUUGCUAAUACCGGCGAUGAAUCAGCUGCAGCAACUCCAAAACCCAGGGGAAUCGCCGCCGGUGCACCCUUUUGUAGCGCCGUUGUCGUAUCUAUUAGGAACAUGGAGAGGACAAGGAGAAGGUGAAUAUCCUACUAUACCGUCUUUCCGCUACGGCGAAGAGAUCCGUUUCUCACAUUCCGGCAAGCCGGUGAUAGCGUAUACGCAAAAGACAUGGAAAUUGGAAUCAGGAGCUCCGAUGCACGCCGAGAGUGGUUACUUUCGUCCAAGACCAGAUGGUUCUAUUGAAGUCGUCAUUGCUCAGAGCACAGGUCUCGUCGAAGUCCAGAAAGGAACAUACAAUGUAGAUGAACAAUCAAUCAAACUCAAAAGUGAUCUUGUGGGAAACGCUUCAAAGGUGAAGGAGAUAAGUAGAGAAUUUGAAUUGGUUGAUGGAAAACUAUCGUAUGUGGUUCGUAUGAGUACAACCACUAACCCUCUUCAACCACAUCUCAAAGCAAUACUCGAUAAGCUUUGAAUCCAAGUUCCUGUGAAAUCGAAACCUGACACGACCGAUGUGAUAUUGAGAUGCUUUGAUUUUGAUAUGUAGAAUCACUCUGUUUAGUAACAACAUUUGAUACUCUUUGUAAGAUUUUGGUUACCAAAGUGUUUUGUUAUGUUUUGUUCUUGUAAGCACAAGUAAGAAGAAGAUGACAAUUUGAGAGUUAAAUGGGCUUUUAUUAAAAGAGGUAAAUAGGCCCAUUGGCGCCUAUAUACGUUCAAUUUUAGCAUCUGACGCCUCAAUAUUAAUGAUAUUCUAAUU